AUCUUUACUAGGAUAGUAUUUGGUGAUGAUAUAAUUGCGUUUCUUUGCAGUGGUGCUCAUUUAACAACCCCAUGUAAGAUUUGCGUACUUGUAUCUUAUUUAGUUAACCCGCAGCUGAUUAGUCUCCCUCAUGUUCCUUUAUUAUGUUCUCCCUCCAUGUCUCGUGUAACCGUGCGCGCCUCCCGAAUAAAAUCAAGUCCCUCCCAGACAAGCUGCUGCUCCUCAGUAAGGCUGUUGUGCUCGUGCAGCUCUGUGGCUCGAUUCGUUCCGUCAGGUAUAAAUUAAUCUCCAUCCAGCACAUGUUUUCCCUCUAACAGGAAAGCUUUUGGAAAACAGCAUCAGCCUAAUAUUGCCCGAUUUAUUGCACAUUUCGAAAUGAGCGCGUCGACGUGUGAAAGACUGGACCAAGAAGAGUUACGCACGAGUUAAAGCCAUCACCGUUGUACCUGUUCAGGAUGAAGGUGACCCUCGGCUCUCUGGUGAUCACAGCCGGCAUCUGCGGUCUUCUGAGCUUCGCUUUGUUGGCCACUUCCCUCGGAACCGAGUACUGGUACAUCAUAGAGAUGAAUCCUAUGAACGUGAGCGACUUUGACGACCUGAGCUCCCACUCGGGACUGUGGAACACCCACGAAGGUGGGAAGAUGAGCGUCGACUCUUUUGACUCCUUCACAGCUGACAGCUCCAUGUACUCUGAGACUGAGCUGCACAUGCUGAGCAUGCACAGGGCGAUAGUGGUGAUGCUCGCCUUCAGCCUGGUCCUGUUGCUGAUUGGGGGCAUCUGUGGAUUGGUCAGCUCCCUGGCUCGGAGCCCCGUCCUCCUCACCGGCACGGCCUCCUACUUCUUCAUCUGCAGUCUGAUGACCCUGUGUGGUGUGAGCCUCUACAUGAUCUACUCGUACCAGGCUCUGGCUGAGACGGAGAGGCUGGUGGGGGCCGAGGUUCUGGCCUAUGUUCACACCUCCUUCGGUUGGUCUCUGGUUAUGGCCUGGCUCUCCUACGUCCUGGAGCUCCUCACCGGCGUACUGCUGCUUGUGACUGCACGAAUGGCCAAGCUGCAGUGCAUGGGUCCCACCAUGGCCUGAGACGAGCCUCCACAGUGGAGCCAACACGGAGACUGAACUGUACUCAAUGUGUUGCACAAUAGCCGGACACUAUUAAGGCUUUCACAAAACACGAAUGUUGAACUAAAGAUGUGUUUUGACUGUUUAAAAAGAGUGUUUAAUACGUUUAAUGUCCCUAAACCUGCUUCAGUUUGGCGAUCUUGUGAUUUACAGUCAGUGCCGUGAUGGACUACUUUUGAGUUCAAUUGAAUCAAGUGCGCCCUCUCGUGGUCAGAUUUGAAGUGGCUCCUUAUAUCCAAUGCCUCUGGCCAUGCUUAAUCAUACUGUGGAAAUGUGAUAAGAGCCAAACUUAACUGAGAAGUUCACCAUUUGAAAUCCUUCCAUGCUACUUUAAAUCUAUAGCUACGUUUUUUUAUUCUCACAACAUUUUUAAUCAUGCUGAUCAGUUUGAUGUAAGCUCUAUAUGUUUGUUAUUUAUAUAAGUGCUGUUUAUAUAUCAUGACUUGUAAGUUACAUGUUUUCCUACUGAAUGUGUGUAAUAAAUGUUUCAUGUGACUGCA